CUGCCCUCCGUGCCUCUGCGCCCACAGGCCAUGUCGAAGGACACCGUGAAUCUGGUGCAGGUGCAGGAGCUGACGUUGCAGCCGGAGCAACAGUCCAAGCUCAAACAACUUGUCAAUGAGGAGAACGUACGGAAGCAGGAGGAGUCCGUGCAGAAACACCAUCAGACCUUCUUGGCGUCCAUCAGGACGUCUGUCACCGUGUUUGGGGAAAGAUUCCGGGCCUUUGUGACAGAGCGGGACGCAGUGACAGCCACGGUGGUUGGGCUGACGCUGCUGGCUGGCGGGGUCUACUCUGCCAAGAAUGGGAGAGCCGCCGGGGCCCGCUUCAUCGAGGCUGGGCUUUUCAAGCCAUCCCUGGUGAGCGAGAAGUCCCGCAUCACGGUGCUGGAGGCGCUGCAGCACCCCUUCCAGGUAGUCAGCCGGCGGCUCCUCAGUCGGCCCCAGGACGUGCUGGAGGGUGUUGUGCUGCAUCCCAGUCUGGAAGCGCAGGUGCGCAACAUGGCCAUAGCAACAAGGAACACGCAGAAGAACCACGGCCUGUAUAGGAAUGUCCUGAUGUACGGGCCGCCAGGCACCGGGAAGACGCUAGUUGCCAAGAAUCUCGCCCUAAACUUGGGCAUGGACUAUGCCAUCAUGACAGGCGAGGACCUGGCCCUCAGGGGGCGGGAAGGCGUGACCGCCAUGCACGAGCUGUUUGACUGGGCCAAUACCAGCCGGCGCGGCUUCCUGCUCUUCAUGGACGACGCGGAGGCCUUCCUUCGGAAGCCAGCCACUGAGGAGAUGAGCAAUUACUACCUCAGAGUCGCCCAGAACGCCUUCCUAAACCACACGAGGCAACGCAGCAACAAAUUCAUGCUGGUCCUGGCCAGCCGCGACCCCAAGCAGUUACACCGGACAUCCACGACCGCAUCGACGUGA